UCCGACUGACACUGACCGUGAAACUCUCUCUCACUAUCGUCGUCAAGAAGAAGAAGACACCAUCACCGAAUCGAAUCGAAUCAGAUCAGAUCACACAUUUUGCCAUGGAUAACUCAGCUCCAGAUUCGUUAUCCAGAUCGGAAACCGCCGUAACCUACGAUUCACCUUAUCCACUCUACGCCAUGGCUUUCUCAUCUCUCUCCGCCGCCAACACUUCCUCCGGUCACAGAAUUGCCGUCGGGAGCUUCCUAGAAGAUUACAACAACCGCAUCGACAUCCUCUCUUUCGAUUCCGAUUCCAUGACCGUGAAGGCUCUCCCGAAUCUCUCCUUCGAGCAUCCUUAUCCUCCUACGAAGCUAAUGUUCAGUCCUGCUUCUCUCCGUCGUCCUUCUGCCGGAGAUCUACUCGCUUCUUCCGGCGAUUUCCUCCGUCUUUGGGAGGUUAACGAAGAUUCUUCAACCGUUGAGCCUAUCUCGGUUCUCAAUAACAGCAAAACGAGUGAGUUCUGUGCGCCGUUGACCUCUUUUGAUUGGAACGAUGUUGAGCCGAAGAGGCUUGGAACUUGUAGUAUUGAUACGACUUGUACGAUUUGGGAUAUUGAGAAGUGUGUUGUGGAGACUCAGCUCAUAGCUCAUGAUAAAGAGGUUCAUGACAUUGCUUGGGGAGAAGCUAGGGUUUUCGCAUCUGUCUCUGCUGAUGGAUCCGUUAGGAUCUUUGAUCUUCGCGAUAAGGAGCAUUCUACGAUCAUCUAUGAGAGUCCUCAGCCUGACACGCCUUUGUUAAGACUUGCUUGGAACAAGCAAGAUCUUAGGUACAUGGCGACGAUUUUGAUGGAUUCUAAUAAGGUUGUGAUACUCGAUAUUCGAUCUCCAACUAUGCCUGUUGCGGAGCUUGAGCGGCAUCAGGCUAGUGUUAAUGCUAUAGCUUGGGCGCCACAGAGCUGUAAGCACAUUUGCUCUGGUGGUGAUGAUACGCAGGCUCUUAUUUGGGAGCUUCCGACUGUAGCUGGACCUAAUGGGAUCGAUCCAAUGUCGGUUUAUUCGGCUGGUUCGGAGAUUAACCAGUUGCAGUGGUCUUCUUCGCAGCCUGAUUGGAUUGGCAUUGCUUUCGCUAACAAAAUGCAGCUGCUUAGAGUUUGAGGUGCAGAUGUGAAGUGAUUUAGCAAUAGACCUGUAUAAUCGUCAGGUUCGUAAGAUAGUAGGUUUGGUGAAUGCCCACUCUCAGCUUCUUGCUCUGCAAUGCCUCUGUAUCUAUUCUGAUUGUAACUAAAACCUGAAUUCAUUUGAUGAAACCAGAUCCUACUAUUAUGAUAUUAUCUCUGUUUGUGUAUAAAACCCAACCAGAAUAUUAUAUUUGCGGUGUCUGGUGUUUCGUUUCGGUAAUUGGAGCUUAGUGCGAUGCACCUUUGUCUUA